UUUAUGCGGCCGAUGUAGCAGAUGUUUCCUACAGCUCCUAGGGAGGGUGCAGGUAGGUAAAAGUGACGCGAUACAGCCAGAAUUAAAAAAAAAAUGGGAGAUGGGCUUCUCUGAAUUAUAGUGAAUUGAUUCUCGCAAAGGACGUUACACUUGCGGAACUGGUACGAAGCCCCUUCUCUUCCUAAAUGGGGUCGAUUGAAGAAAAGAACGGUCCUUUUUGCUAAAGCAUCAGAGGCCAAAACGAGCAUGCGCGGUUACUUGGGCAUGCGCAUAAACUAAGUAAAAGAUCAAAGAAGCCAUGGACAACCAGUAUAAUUCAAAUCACACCCCAACUUGCAAUGGAAUUUCAACUCAUGACAAAAAAAUCAGUUCUUUGGUGGCUGAAGAUCAUGGUCAGAGAAUCCUAACCAUUCUGCAAAGCUUCAGAGCUCAAAAUAUAUUUUUUGACUUUAAAAUACUUGUAAAAGAUGAAGCAAUUCCCUGCCAUCGUUGUGUACUAGCAGCAUGUAGUGAUUUUUUCAGGGCCAUGUUUGAAGUUAACAUGAAAGAAAGAGAUGGUGGGAGUGUUACGAUAAGUAAUUUAACAUCCAAGGCAGUGAAGGCUUUUCUAGAUUAUGCUUAUACUGGAAAAGCAGAGAUAACAAAUGAUAAUGUGGAAAUGUUCUUUCAGCUGUCCUCCUUUCUUCAAGUUUCACUUCUUUCAAAAGCUUGCAGUGACUUUCUAAUUAAGAAUAUUGAUCUUGUUAACUGUUUACAACUCUUAUCCAUUUCUGAAAGUUAUGGCUCCACCAAGCUGUUUGAGCAUACACUUGAAUAUGCCCAACUCCAUUUUUCCUUGCUUCUCCAAUCAAAUGAUUUCUUGGAAAUGCAUUUUGAGAUACUGCAAAAAUGCAUAGAAGCUGAUGAGUUGAACGUACUAGAUGAAGAAUCUGUGUUGAAAGCUGUCUUUUGGUGGAUAAAACAUGACUUAGAAACAAGACAUAAAUAUCUUCCUCCUUUGAUGAAAAAGAUCAGGUUACAUCAGUUACCUGAAAAGACAUUGCAGGAUAUUUUGCACUCUGAGGAACAAUUACUUAAAACCACAAAUUGCUUAGCAGUAAUCAAGGAAGCAAUUCAAAAUGUACAGCGUUUCAGUGGGCUUUUCCCAGAUCCUCGCCCAUCAACUACAGAAAAAUACAUACUGGUUCAUAAAACUGAAGAAAAUAAAGUUAAUCAACAUACAUUUUGCUAUAAUAUUAAAACUGAUCAAUGGAAAGAACUGAUACACAUAAAUAUAUUUGAUCUACCUGGAUCAAGUUUAUCUAGUUAUGGUGAAAAAAUAUUUAUAACUGGUGGAUGUAAAGGUAACUGUUUCCGGACUAUUAGACUUCAUAUUGCUGGAACAUUUCAUGAUGCCACAGAUCAAACCUGGUGUUAUUGCCCAGCAAAUGAUAGUUUCUCAUUAGUAUCUGCCAUGAAGAAGCCAAGGACAAUGCAUACAUCUGUUGUGACUUUAAAUUGUUUGUAUGUAAUAGGAGGGAAGACCAGGGCAUCUCAGGAUAUCAAAAGCCUUUUGGAUGUUGAGGCAUAUAAUCCCCUGACUAGAGAGUGGAAAUCUAUGAGUCCAUUACCAAGAGGCAUCUACUAUCCAGAAGCAAGUGCCUGUCACAGUGUAAUAUAUGUGCUUGGUUCUGAAAUUGAAAUUACAGAUGCCUUUAAUCCAUCUCUUGAUUGCUUCUUUAAAUAUAAUGCUAUAACAGAUCAGUGGUCUGAGUUAGUAGCAGAAUUUGGGCAAUUCUUUCAUGCAACCUUAAUCAAAGCUAUUCCAGUGAACUGCACUUUAUACAUUUGUGAUCUUUCCACUUACAAAGUUUAUAGCUUUUGUCCGGAAACCUGUGUCUGGAAAGGAGAAGGCUCUUUUGAAUGUGCUGGUUUUAAUGCAGGGGCAGUUGGAAUAGAAGAUAAAAUAUACAUUCUGGGUGGAGAUUAUGCUCCUGAUGAAAUAACUGACGAAGUACAGGUCUACCAUAGCAGUAGAUCUGAAUGGGAAGAAGUUGCGCCUAUGCCAAAGGCCCUUACUGAGUUUCAUUGUCAGGUUAUUCAGUUUAAUAAAUUCAGGGAUCCGUGGUUGUAAAAGCAAUGUGAUACAAACGAUUAUACAUAAGUAAUUUUUCUUAUGUAUUUGUUUCUUAUUUCUUAUUUAUUUCAUUUGCUGCCCAUCUUAGCCACUAUAUGAUUUUAAGGUAACCAAAUAUAAGGGUGUCAAUCUACCAACCAGAUUUCCUCUUCAUUUUCUUAGAAUGAGGAUUGGUAAUUACUCCAUAGUUAAUGUGUUAAGACACAUGUUUUGAGUUUGGAUGGCCUGUGUUUAAUAAUUUAUUAAUUAUUAAAUAAAUUAUUGAAUUUGUAUUCCAACUGACUUCCAAUGAUUGGGUACCUUCCUUCCUUCUCUAGAUAAGCUCUGCCUAAAAGCUGGCUACUUUUAAUAUUGAGAGCAGUUUCUAAAACAAUUUUGUGGGACCAAGAACUGAUUUAAAAAUUACACCAGACAACUUGUAAUUAUCCCUCAACUUCUACAAAUUUAUUUAAAAUGGCAUCCAUAAGCUGAAUACAUUUCAGAUUACUAAUUUCAGGAAUAAAAAAUUAUUAUGGUAUAAAUGUGCACAUGUAUGUGUUUGUGUAUGAAUGAUUCAUAGUUUUAAUAGUGGGAGAAAAACAUUACAAUCUAAAACAUACAAAUUCAAGAGUUGUGUUCUAUGCAUCACAUAAUUGGCUGUUUGCUGUUAUGCUUGCUUUUCUUUGUGGGUAUAAAACUACAUUUUUUUCCAAUUAUGGUCACAAUUAUUAAUAUAUUUCAUGACCCUUUUUUCUAUUUUCUGUUUACAUUAAUAACUUCUGCAGCAAUUUCCUAUUGAGUCAACAGUUAUAAUUUGAAAACCCAUCCCAGUUUCUAAAAUCCCAGAGUUUAUUCCUAAAUAAAUAUGCACUUGAUUUGAAGGAUUUUUCAUCUUAAAUCUAAAGAAGAAAAUUCAGCUGUAUUGGUGCAAUAGAAAUACUGAUUUAUUACAAGUUCUUUCCUAUUACCACCAAGUUGUUUUUUCAAUAUAAUCAUUUCAUAAUUGUAAUUACUGAAUUUCAACAUAUUUUCUUUCAUUACUAUCAAAUACUAUUAAAGUUCCACUAAAUCAUUGCCAUUUAUUUCAAAUGUUAAAUUAUGCUUCAAUUUAUUUUGGGGGGAAAUGAUUGAAUUAUUGAAAUCUAUUUUUAUCCUAAAAGCUAGGCCAUUGUUCCUCAAAUUAUAUAGUCAUUAUAACAUGGACCAUGGAUUGUCAAUUCUCCAUGCUGCUUAUGUACCGUUCAUUCCAUGUGCUGAAAAUAAGUAGGAUUAUACCAUAUGUUGUAUAAAAGAGAAAUAUAAUUUGUUCUUGGAGUCUUUAUUCUCAAAUAUGGUCUUGAAUAAGUACUGCUGUCCCCAGAUGUUCCUGAGAAAACAUCUUUCAAGGAAUUAUGCACAACAAAAUAAUUUAGGAAUUAAGAUAGAAACUAAGAAUGUGAUAAUGAGUGUUAUAUUAGAUAUAGCUCCCAAGAAUUUGGACUUGUUACAUAGGUUGUUUAUUCUUUUUUCAUGACAUCAAAAAAGACUGAAAUUUUUUUUACCAGCUUUUAAGCAGUAGUCAAAUGGUAGUUAAAUUAUAGCUCAAAAAAGAAAAACAAGAUCACAAUAUAUUGUGCACAAACAAUUGGUCUUGAUGGCUAUGGUAUAUGUCAAUGAAUUGCAUGAAAAUAAAUCUUAUUUGCACUUAUAACCAUAUUUCAAUUAUACAAUUAUUGUACAGUCAAUAAAGGUAUGGUAUGAUGCAAUGAACAUUAGUGUAAUGUAUAUAGCUUCUUAUCAUCUUGAGCUUUUUUGAGUUAUCUACUAUAAUCAAUUCAAAUGUAACAUUCAAAUGUACUGGUAAUUAUUUUAUAUAUUACUUUAUACAAAUAAUGGCUCCCAACCUUUUGGGCACCAGGGACCGGUUCUGUGGAGAAGAGUUCCUGUGCAGACCAGAGGGGUGUAUAAUUUUGUGUGCUGCCUGCAUCCCACAGAUGGGGCUUCAUUUGUUUGCGUAGUCUGAUUUUUGGCAUGCCAUAGACUACAGACUGCGGGUUGGGAACCCCUGCUUUAUACUGCUAUAGCAAAUUUAACCAGAAAAUGAAACAAAUGUUGAACCAAAGCCUGUUUUGUAACUAGUAUCUGAGCAAAUAAUAUCCUACAAAGCAACAUGACAACAUGGAUUUUAUUAUUUUAAAAAUCUUGACUAACUGAUAUUUAAAAAGCAAAUAUCUAUUGUUGGAUGUGACAUAGCAAUUUUUUUGAACAGAAAAAUGGUUAAUAGUUAUAAUCUCCAUUGAAGUAUACUUACAAAUGCACUAAUGAUUUACAGAAAGAUAAAUAUAGUUUAUUGUUAAAUUAUAAAUCAGAUUCCACUGAUGGGAUCUUGAUUUAAAGUUAAUAAGUUAAUUUACUUUGUGGUGAGUACUAAAUACGAGAUUGACAGUGGAAAAACCAAAUUUUGAGGUGUUAAUGAUUUUUUUGAAGUUGCCAAGGAAGGCAAAAAUGAAUACAUUGGAAAGAUACAUUUCAAAACUCCUGUGUAAAUUGUGUG